GCCCUACCCCCGCGCGCCCCGGCACCCUUCUCCUCCCGGAGGAGCAUUGUACUCACAUCCGGGGCUGGGUUUUGCCUUCAUGUGAAACGUAAUUAACCCGGAAAAUACAACCCGGAGACAGGAGCUAGGGAGAGGGCAAGGUGCGGGGGGACAGGGGCCGAGCUCGAGGACUGAGGGGCAAAAAGUCCCCACGCGUGACGCGGCCUACCGAUGUGACACGCACCGCCUGCCGAGCCUGGCGCUGCACGCGGGCGGCGGAACUUCUCCGCGUCCAGGCGCUGGGGCCCGGCCGGUGACGACUGCCGGGCUGCGGGAGAGAGCGCGGCGAGCACGUCCCAGGGUGAUGUGAGCAGAGCCCAGGAAUGCCUUAUGUGGAUCGGCAGAACCGCAUCUGUGGGUUUCUGGACAUCGAGGAGAAUGAGCACAGCGGCAAGUUUCUGCGGAGGUACUUUAUUCUGGACACUCAGGCCAAUUGCCUGCUCUGGUACAUGGACAACCCCCAGAACCUGGCAGUGGGGGCUGGAGCUGUUGGAUCUUUGCAGCUGACCUACAUCUCAAAGGUGAGCGUCGCUACCCCAAAGCAGAAACCAAAAACUCCAUUUUGCUUUGUUAUCAAUGCCCUGUCACAGAGAUACUUUCUUCAAGCCAAUGACCAGAAGGACCUGAAGGACUGGGUGGAAGCCCUGAACCAUGCCAGCAAGAUCACUGUACCCAAACCUGGAAGCCUACCCCUGACUACGGAAGUUCUCAAAAGCCUAUCAGUCCCUCCAGCCCUAGAGAAGAAGCCACAGGUGGCCUACAAGACAGAAAUCAUCGGAGGAGUGGUGGUGCACACACCCAUCAGCCAGAAUGGUGGGGAUGGUCAGGAAGGGAGUGAGCUGGGGUCCCAUGCCAUCCUGCGAAGGUCACAGAGUUACAUCCCCACAUCAGGCUGCCGCACUUCCACUGGCCCCCCCCUCAUCAAGAGUGGCUACUGUGUGAAGCAGGGGAAUGUGCGCAAGAGUUGGAAACGUCGAUUCUUUGCACUCGAUGACUUUACCAUUUGCUACUUCAAGUGUGAGCAGGACCGAGAACCACUGCGCACUAUAUUUCUCAAGGAUGUCCUCAAGACCCAUGAGUGUCUGGUCAAGUCUGGUGAUCUCUUAAUGAGGGACAACCUGUUUGAAAUAAUAACCAGCUCCAGGACCUUCUAUGUGCAGGCGGACAGUCCAGAGGACAUGCACAGCUGGAUUAAGGAGAUUGGGGCAGCAGUCCAGGCCCUCAAGUGCCACCCCAGAGAAGCAUCUUUUUCUAGAUCCAUUUCUUUGACUCGACCUGGAAGCUCCAGCCUCACAGGUGGGCCUAACUCUGUCUUGUGCCGAGGGCGGCCUCCUGCAGAAGACAAGAAAGCCCUCUGCAAAGCCCCCUCAAUGGCCUGUUCCUGGCAACCUUGGACACCUGUCCCCCAGACUGGAGAAAAGCUGCUGCCAGCAGAAGAGACUCCAGAGGACUGUCUGUUCCUGCCCCGACUGGCAGAGAGCAGCAUUGCUGGGGUGUUGCCAAGCUCCCGGAUAAGGCAUAGAUCAGAGCCCCAGCACACCAAGGAGAAGCCGUUUCUGUUUGACCUUGACGAUGAAAGCAUACGGACCUCUGAUGUGUGAUGAGGCGCAGUGCAUGGGAGGGGAGGGAGGGAGAGCUGGACAGAAGGUGGCCAAGAUUCAUUUUCUCUGCCUUGUUGCAGGUCAGAGGCCCUUGUGGCACUCAUAUUCCUGUGGAUGUCCUAUGGGAGGGUUCAUGCAGCUGGCUUUUUUGAUAUUAUCAAUGCAGUGUAUUUAAUUUGGGAAAAUUACUAGGUUUGACCUGUAGCAUAUACUCAGCAGACACUAUGUUGCCUCUUGUGGGACUUUUCCAAGGUCUUUCUGGUGGGGGAUUGAUUUAGCAUCUCCUCUCUGGAAGUGGUAUGGAGUCCAGUUACCCCACUAGCCAAGUUCUGGUUUUUUUGUCCUUGUUUUAGCUUUUUCCUUUUGUUUCAAUCCAGGCAUGGGAUCUUAGGCCAGUCACCUGGUUUUAUCCUAUUCUUGUUACGUGGCUUGUGAAGUAAGAGGGUGGCAGCUAAAUCAGGUGAAAGGAGUUGGGGUAGAGAAGAUACAGGCUCUAGCUGGACUGGGGUCCACUCCAGGAGGUGAUUGAAUCUGGGGGUGCUGGAGGGCAGAUCCCCCAGGGGGCUUCCAGGGAAAGAGAUGGGUGUCUCGUGUGAGGUCUGAGGAAUAGUUCAGUGCCGGUGCAUCAGCUGGUUUGGGAAAUUACUGUUUCUUUUUGGUGAUCUGUAACCUCCCAGUGCUGUAGAUGUAGGUGACAGACCAUCAGUCCAGUGACUUUGUCCUUCCCCAGAGUGGGCUUAUCAGUGUUAAGUGCUAUGACUGUUGAGAACAGAACAGACAUUUCCUUGAUAUGGUGUUGGUUAUUUGAAAUGUGUGGAGGGCUGGUGUGUGAUAAUUCAUGUGUGUGACAGAUUGAUCUCUAUCUCAGAGUUUUAGAAUAGUUUUAAAGGAGGUGUUAAGAUGAGAUGGAUGAUAGUUGUCCUGCUAAGCUUUUUGAAUCCAUGUUUUCCAGACAAAAAAAGUUCUAGUCUCCUUGAAUGAACCAUUUGUCUGAUAUUAAGUGCUUUAGAGCAUAUACCCUGAAGAUUUGCUUUCUUUUUAUCCUUUGUGUUGCUCGUUGAAUGCAGCUGUGUGUGCUUGCAUGAUCAAAUCCUGUGCUGAGAAGUGGGGAGAUACAAAGAUAAUCCUGUGAUAUUUAUAUUCUUUAGUGGAAUAGAGACUGGGCAUAAAAACAUUGAUUUAAAGGUUUUGACUUGCUAGUGAGAGAUUUCUCAAGUAGAAGAGCAUAGUAGAUUGCUCCCAUAUAUGGGUUUUUCUACUCAUAUUCUAGGGUUAACCUUCUCCCUUGGACAAGACACAAUUUCCAGGGCCCUUGGGAGCAUUUAUCUACCCAGCUUCUACAGUAACUUGCUGUCAGAAACUUUGGGGGAUUCCCAAAGGGAGAGAGUACUUAGCUCAUUGCUAUCUGUAAUUUUUACUUGUUAGAUCAAUUAACUAUAUUUUAAAUUAAAAAUUAAUGACUAGAGGAAGAAACUAAGAGAAGCAUUUGUUUGUGGGUAAAUCCCUACUCCUCCUUGUGUCCACAUCUGGUAUAGAAGUGAAAACUCCAUGAAAGGGUCAUUCGUGUUUGGAGGAAAGGAUGUUUGUCCUGGGCUACGUGGCCUUUGAAGUGUGGGUCACACGCAGCUUUUUCUGCCUUCGCUGCACUGGAGCGUUCCUUCACUUCAGUUUGUCCUGUAGUCCUGAUCUAGAAAAGAAAAUCUAUGAAGUCUCUCCCCUCCUCUCCACUUUCCCUUUCUUUUACAAAUGAAACUCUUGUAUACUUUUGUCCUCAGAAAUUCUUAGUUUGAGAAUUAUUUAUUUAUGAAUGUUUAAGGUUAUAACCUACUUUUAAAAUAACCUGAUUUUUAAGAAGCCAUUCCAAAUUCCUGAAGCCUUUUGUUUCGGGUUGCACCUUCCUAUUUUGCUUUCCCCUGCCCCCAGAACUUCUUGAGCUGGUCAACAGAAGUGGCCAUGAAAUGUGUAUGUAAUGAAAAUAAACCAGAAACUUUGGAAGGCUCUUUAAACAUUCCCUGACUCAUGGAAAUGAUGUCAUCUUUUCGUGUUUAAAUUGUGAAAAUCUCUCUCUUUCUCUCCCAAAUACACUCUGCAAUACUACUGCUAAUUAAUUGGUGAUUAUGGUUAGCUGAUAGGUUUCUUAUUCAGUAAGGUCUAUUUUAAGAGUAUUUUAAAUUAAACAUAAUCCAGCUUGGAUUAGUGAAGGGGAAACAAGGACUCUAAGAAGCAAAUACUUGGACAUCCCAAGGUGGAACACAGUUAAUUUCAUUCUAAUAUCAGAAAAAUAUGUUUAUCUACUUUGAAGCCUAAAAACAUUUACAUUCCUAAUCUUAUUUCAGAAUUUCUUUUUCUGUCCAUAUUUCUUAACCUUCUGACCAGUUUUAAACCACUGUCUUUUAAUGUGAGCCAAAGACGGUGAAUAGGUAAUUGAAGCAUUUGCUUUUAAUUAUAUGAAAUGGAACAAAAUGGAAAAAAAUAAGAAAAUAAGGUAUGGAUUCAGGACAGGUGAGUGGUUAAGCACAUGGGUUCUGGAAUAAAUCCAAGUUU